GUGCCGGAUAGUCCCAAAAUAAAUAAAACAUUACAUUCAUCUAGUAAAUAAACCAGAGAUACGUGUGUAUUAAGCGAAAUUAGCAAUAACUAUGUGAUUACAUUUUAAUGUUUAGUUUCAUGGACAGUUUCUUAUGAGAAACUGUGUAAAUGCAAGAAUAAAAGAGCUCUCCCAUUAUGUUUGCGAUUUUUACAAAAAACCGUGUGUAUGAAAACCUCCUGAAAUAAUCGUUAACUACAACUUUGCCGACUCAUUGACUUGAAGAUUGGACAAUGGCAGGCAUAAGAAGUUGUAAAUAUGCCAACUGCUACAAUACAAGCGAAACUCGCUCUCUAUUCAGAUUUCCUGUAAAACACAAACAACGUGUUCAAAUAUGGCUUCAAAAUUGUGGUAAUCCCAAAUUAAAAAAAUUGCCCCUUGAAGCACUAGGGAGACGCUAUGUUUGUGAAGACCAUUUUGAUCAGUGCUAUAAAAAUACAAACAAAAUAUUACCUAGGUUAGUUAUGACUGCAAUUCCUAGACAUUAUAAGGGCAAAGAAUUAAAUGAUACUGAAAGUGAAAAUGAAGAACCAAAUGAUAUUGAUGGUGAUAAUAAUGAAAACAAAUGUGAUUCUGUAAAUGAAGAGCCAGCUGUCGCCAAAUAUAUUGAUGUGGUUGAAAUAUGUAUGGAGUGUGAUAAACCAAUCAGAGGGUUCGGUUUCCAAUGGUGGUGCCUCCAGUGUGGAGGGUUGCGGUGCGGCGUAUGUGCCCUGCGGUUGGCUCACCGUUCGCACUUCCUGCUUCGAUCCCCUGCCAAUACUACACCCGAAGAAAUGCAGAUCUUGAUCAGCGCCAUACAAAAGGAGUUGCAGCUCAAAGAUUUAUUUUAUGCAUUGACACACGACAAUGAAAAACAUGCUGAUAUUGUAGAGGACGUCGUUACAGCAGAACCUGAUUUGGAAGCGACAGAGGAAAUCUUACAAGAGCCAGUAGUAAAAGCGGAACCCCCUGACGAACAGGAAGAUCCCCUUGCCGAAUGUUCCACCAAUUCUAUUCGAAAACCCUACGGAAAACAGAAAGAUUACCAACUCUCAAUAGAUCUCCAACGCAACCCACAAGCUAAUAUAAUAAACCAAAUUGGCGCCCUUGAAUUUAAUGAAAACUCUUCCGAUCUCCGAAUGUUGAUCAUCGAAAACUUAGAUUAUCAACCUAACCAGAAAUCUUUAGACCUAUUCAACCCUUACGAAUAUCACCGAAAUUUGCAAUAUCUGGGUCUUGACAAGCCAAGGAAACCAGAACGUAAAUUUUUAAGCGAAGAUAUGUUUGAUUGUAGACCAAGCAAAAGAUCUAAAAAUAAGCCAAAAAGUUUACAUAACUCAAAGUUUGUGGACUUUGAUGAUUAUUACAAUAACUUUGGCCUCUUUAAGUUCGAUAAACCGAACAUCGACGAUAUCCGACACUCUUCCAGUCUUCAAGCGGCUCCAAGAGGCCCUGAUAAAGCCCCAACUCCAGAACCAAAGAAUAUGGAAAUAUCUAAAACUGAUUCUGUGGCUAAAAAUAGCGUUCCAGAUGCAGAAGCAAACCGUAUGGAAUUAACUGAAUCGUGUUUGUUGGCAACUUCUAGAGAUCAAAAUACAGCUCAGUCACAUACAGUUACCGUGCCAAAUCGGGAUAUAACUUGCAUGGAUUCUGGAUCCUGCUCAUUGGCUACACCUUUAAAUUCAGAUCCAUUAGCCACAGAUACAUUUUCAAAUACAGAUCCAAGCAUGGAAAUAUCUGGACUUUCAUUUGCUACAGAUAAAGAUCCAAGUCCGGAAGCGACUGUUAUGGAAUUUGGCUACGAAUCUGAUGGGUCAUCCAUGCGAUUGGAUACACAAUCUCCAAAUGACGAAUGUCAUAGUGACGAAGAACUCCAUUCAACUUACAACAAGCGAUGCGAUAUUAAAACUGGUACAACAAAUGUUGAAAAUGACUUGAUGAAUGGAAUACCGAACACAGAGAUCAGAAAUAUGACUACUCAAACAGCUCAAGUCACCUUGAUAGGAGACGAAACAGAAAUUACGGAAGAUAAACCUAUUCGAACAUACUCUGAGAAUAAAAUAACACAAGCAGAAAUUCAAGCACACUCUACUCUCAAAAAAGAAAGCAGUCCCAACAUUAUGAAAAAUGAUCACAAACGAAACUCUGAAACCACUUUAAGAAAGCCUUAUGAUACACGAAAUAGAAAAGACCGUUUACAAAUUUACAAUAAACAAGAUUGUAAGAAAGAAAAUGAGAGACAUAGGACACAUUAUAAAUCUGUAAAAAAUAUUAAAAAUCCUAAGAAUGAUACUAAUAAGGACAAAAGUAAAAGAAUAGAGGGACACACAUAUAAAAUUAAUGCAAAUGUAGACAAGGACAGAAAAUCCACGGACACUACCGAAGAUAAUCAAAUUGAAACACAGAAACCACUUAUGAAAGUAUACUCCAAGAAGAAGAGAUCUACAAAUACAAUAGAACAGAUAGACAAAUCUAAUGGAAUGAAUAUUACAGAAGAUUCUGAGAAUAAUUCUUAUAAAGCACAAGAAUCGCAUAUACAAAUAUACUCCUCUCAUAAAAAACAAAGUUGUUACAAUAUUACUAAGCUAAAAAAUGAUAAUAGUGUAACACAAGAUUCACAAAUACAAAUAUACUCAACUCAUAAAAAGCGAAACUGUACAAAGAAUUCUGAACACAGCAUUGAUCAUAAAACACAUACAUCAAUAGAAAUUAACAUAACUCACAAGGAAAUUAAUUCUGAUGAAACUAAAGAUAAUAAUAAAGAUUCAAAUAAAAGACAGGAAACAAAACUUCUAGUGUAUUCCACUCAUAAAGCUAGAAAAAGAAAAUACUCAUGACAAAGUUCAAACACAGCAACAGGUCACUGUGGUCUAAAAACCAAAUCCUACUGUCACUAAGUCACUAGAUAUCUUUAAUAUACUUUCCAAUGAGAAAAAAACUAUAGCAAAAGAAAAUUACAGAGAUGAAAGGAAAUCGUCAAAAAGGACAUAAAAGUGCUAUAAAGUAGAUAUAAAAGUGCUAACAUACGCCCGCACCGCACCAAGGUCAUCCGCAUACUAUCCUGUAAGUGGAAGCGAGAAAUAAUCAUUUUUCUCGCUCUCAGUUGAUGAUGAUGGAUCCUGUUAUCCCUCAUUAGGGACAUCGGGCUCUUAAGGCCGCUGUACACAUGGG